AUAUGAAUACUACUUUACUGAUAAGGUGUUGUUGAGUAAAAGAAAAUAUUUCGUUUUUCUAAUCAAAAACUUUAUCUAUGUCAUUAAUAAAUGUAAGAUAAGAUUUUAAAAUAAGACCGUGACUUUAAAUCACCUCUCUUGCUAGUCCGUCAAUUAAAUAGUAUGUUGUGUUAAUAAUACAAUUGUCGAUUACGUUGGAGGUAACCUUACAUUGAAUUGCGUUUACAUUUUUUUAUUUAAGAAAACUUCGAGAAUUCUAAAGAAACGCUGUAACUGUUGUAGUUACUAGUUAUCAUUGAAACGUAUGGGAACAAAGUUUUUACAAUUUUGCUACAGCAGACAAUUAGCAAGUUUUCGAAAAAUGAGUAUUGAUAUUGGUGGAAUGAGAAUAAAAUAUAAGGAUAGGGAAGAAACAUUUCUGGAAAAGCAUUUGGUAUCAAAGGAACCAUUCAAUCAAUUCAAAGCAUGGUUUGAAGAAGCUUGUGCAAGAAAAGAAAUCUUGGAACCUAAUGCCAUGUGUCUCGCAACUGCUACUAAAGAGGGUGUACCUUCAGCGAGAUUUGUAUUAUGUAAAGGUUAUGGAAAAGAUGGUUUUAAAUUUUUUACUAAUUACGGUAGCAGAAAAGCUAAAGAAAUGGAAGAAAAUCCUAAUGUUGCAGCAACAUUCUAUUGGGAAAUACUGAACAGAUCUGUAAGGAUUGAGGGUGUUGUUGAAAAACUGUCUGAAGAAGAAUCCACAAAAUAUUUUCACUCUCGACCUGUUCCAAGUCAAAUUGCUGCAUCCACUAGCUAUCAAAGCACUCCGAUUGAAUCAAGAGAUGUACUUUGUGAAAGAGAAAAAGUUUUAGAAGUUGAAUAUAUGAUACCAGGAAAGGAAGUUCCAAAACCUACAUUUUGGGGUGGAUACAUCAUUCGACCAAGGUCUGUUGAAUUUUGGCAAGGUCAAAGAGAUAGACUACACGACAGAAUUAAGUUUAGGAAGCCUAAGGAAGGAGAGCUUCCAGAUGAAAAGCUCUUACAUCAAGGUGAAGAUGGCUGGGUCUUUGAGAGAUUGUCACCUUAAUAUUAAGCAAAAUGAAUUUUGAUCAGUACCAGUUUUUAGCCAUUUCAACGCCAUGUCUUCCAUUUCUUAUUAGUAUAUUUUUUGGUGUUUUUUUAAUAAUGUUAUAUCACAACAUAG